CAUUAUUUUAUUCUAAAGACAUAGUCACUCAUUAUGACUAAAUUCGUCUCCGUGCUUCUUCUCAUAUUUAUCAUGGCUUUCCUCACUCAAUUUGUUUAUGGUGGUGGCGAAGGGUCUCUUAAACCCAGAGAAUGUGCGAGUGCAUGCAACUAUCGUUGUUCAAAUACUCGGAUUCCAACGGAGUGUCUUCUCUACUGUAACAUGUGUUGUAAGAAAUGUUUAUGUGUUCCCUCUGGAACCUCUGGCAACAAACAAGAAUGUCCUUGUUACAACAAUUGGAAAUCAAGGCAAGGAAAACCAAAGUGUCCUUAAUCUCCCUCCACAAAUAAACUUUAUUUCUUUUCUAUGUUUUCUUCCAAACUUCUAUAAUAUUGAAUUUGCUUGGUAGACCACCAUGAGAAA